UUGGGUAAGGCAUGGUCCGGUCUCGGAACCAACCAGGAACGCGGACGCAGGGUUAUGUGUGUUUUGAAAGUUAAAAAAGAAAGAAGAAAUAGUAAAUCAUGUGAACGAGAAGGUCUGCGUGUGUUCUUGCUUCUUGUAUUUAUAAGGACCCUUCCUCUCUCUCUCUCAGACAUAUCCACUUCAUCAUUUCUCUUUCUUCUUCUUUCUUCUUAAUUUAGAAAACAGAAACCCAAAAAAAAAAAACUUGAAAAGAGAGACUCUUCUUGAUGGCUGUGGGAAUCCUUGAGGUUAAUCUGAUCAGUGGCAAAGGUCUCAAGCGAUCUGAUUUUCUUGGUAAGAUAGAUCCAUACGUUGAGAUCCAAUACAAAGGGCAAACCCGCAAAAGCAGCGUUGCUAAAGAAGAUGGAGGUCGAAACCCGACAUGGAAUGAUAAACUGAGAUGGAGAGCAGAGUUUCCUGGCUCUGGUGCCGAUUACAAACUCAUCGUCAAAGUCAUGGACCAUGACACUUUCUCUGCCGACGAUUUCAUAGGCGAAGCCACGGUACAUGUGAAAGAGCUGUUGGAAUUGGGAGUCGAGAAAGGAACGGCGGAGAUUAGGCCGACCAAGUACAACGUUGUUGACUCCGAUCUCUCUUUUGUCGGCGAGCUUCUCAUUGGAGUUUCUUACUCUCUUUUGCAAGAAAGAGGAAUGGAGGGAGAAGUGUUUGGAGGAUGGAAGCAUAGUCAGGUUGAUUAGUUUCGUUCCUUAAUUAAUAUUUGCUGAUUCUAUGUUAUUUGUUUUAUCUUUAGUGUCUACAUCAUUAAGCUAUUCUUAAGUUUGAAAACGAAAAUUAUAAUUUUAAUAUUGUAUCAUGAUUUGUUAGUUC